CAUUCAGAAAUGUCCUCGAGGCAUCGAAUCGACUUGGAUGACGAUCGUAAAAGAGACCGGGAUAGAGAAAGAGAUCGCGAUAGGGAUAGGAAAUCUCGUCGUUCUCGCUCACGUUCUCGAUCUCCGAUAAAGAAGGAUCAUGAUCGGUCAAAUUCCUCUCCUACUGUUCAGAAUAACAAUGCUGCUGCAGAUGUAAAGAUGAAGACAAAUCCGUUCACCAGACUUCCGUACAGUAAGAAGUACUGGCAGAUCUGGGAGAAACGACGUCAGCUACCAGUUUGGGAUUAUAAAGACAAGUUUAUGGAAAUUCUACAUAAUAAUCAAUGUAUGACUUUGGUGGGAGAGACAGGGUCAGGAAAAACGACGCAAAUUCCGCAGUGGUGUGUAGAAUAUGUCCGACAGAGAGCUAUUCCUGGUCAAAGGCGACUCGUAGCUUGCACUCAGCCGAGAAGGGUGGCAGCUAUGUCAGUUGCAGCUAGGGUUGCAGAUGAGAUGGAUGUACAGUUGGGACAGGAAGUCGGAUAUUCUAUUCGUUUCGAAGACUGCGUCAGUGCGCAAACUAUUCUGAAAUAUUGUACCGAUGGAAUGUUGCUACGCGAAGCGAUGAAUUGCCCACUUUUGGAUGGAUAUGGUGUUAUCAUUCUUGACGAAGCUCAUGAAAGGACGUUGGCUACCGAUAUACUGAUGGGAUUGAUCAAAGAAAUUGUCAAACAGCGCUCUGACAUAAAGAUAGUCAUCAUGUCUGCUACACUGGAUGCUGGAAAAUUCCAAAAUUAUUUUGAGAACUGCCCCCUUAUGUCCGUUCCAGGACGAACUUUUCCUGUGGAAAUCUUUUUCACCCCAGAACCUGAAAAAGACUAUCUUGAAGCUGCUAUUCGAACUGUUAUCCAAAUUCAUGUGUGUGAAGAGACUGAAGGAGAUAUCUUGUUAUUUUUGACUGGCCAGGAGGAAAUUGAGGAAGCAUGUAAGCGAAUAAAACGCGAAGUAGACAAUCUGGGACCGCAGGUUGGCACCUUGAAUUGUAUCCCGCUCUACUCCACGCUUCCACCUAAUCAACAACAAAGGAUAUUCGAACCUGCACCACCCAGUAGACCUGGCGCUAUAGGGAGAAAGUGUGUGGUUUCCACAAACAUUGCUGAGACAUCGUUGACUAUCGACGGAGUGGUUUUUGUGAUAGAUCCUGGAUUUUCGAAACAAAAAGUCUAUAAUCCGAGAAUUCGUGUUGAAUCACUAUUAGUAUGUCCGAUAUCAAAAGCUAGUGCUAUGCAACGUGCUGGUCGCGCUGGUCGUACUAAGCCUGGAAAGUGUUUCCGGUUAUAUACAGAGAAAGCUUAUCAGGAAGAAAUGCAAGAGCAGACUUACCCGGAGAUACUUCGUUCAAAUCUGGGAUCGGUGGUUUUGCAGUUGAAGAAGCUAGGCAUUGAAGAUCUCGUACAUUUUGAUUUCAUGGAUCCUCCAGCCCCAGAGACCCUUAUGAGAGCUCUGGAAUUACUCAAUUAUCUGGCCGCUAUAAACGAUGAUGGUGAAUUGACAGAGUUGGGUUCUCUGAUGGCGGAAUUCCCUCUAGAUCCGCAAUUGGCGAAAAUGCUAAUUACGUCAACCGAGUUGAAUUGUUCCAAUGAGAUAUUGUCGAUAACUGCGAUGUUAUCCGUCCCUCAGUGUUUUGUCCGACCAAAUGAAAUGAAAAAGGAGGCAGAUGAAGCGAAGGCACGAUUUGCGCACGUCGAUGGUGAUCAUCUUACGCUACUGAAUGUCUACCAUGCAUUCAAACAAAAUAAUGAAGAUGUGCAAUGGUGCUACGACAAUUUUAUCAAUUAUCGCACUCUCAAAACUGCGGAUACAGUGAGGACCCAACUAGGCAAGAUUAUGGACAAGUUCAAUCUGAGACGAGUUUCAACGGAUUUCAAAUCCAAAGAUUAUUACAUAAAUAUACGUAAGGCUCUGGUUGCUGGAUUUUUCAUGCAGGUGGCACAUCUUCAAAGGAGUGGACAUUACAUUACUGUAAAGGAUAACCAGCUUGUCAAUCUUCACCCGUCCACUGUACUGGAUCACAAACCUGAGUGGGCACUAUAUAAUGAGUUCGUGUUGACCACGAAGAAUUUCAUAAGAACAGUUACUGAUGUGCGUCCAGAAUGGUUGUUGACGAUUGCGCCACAAUACUUUGAUCUCCUGAAUUUUCCCGAGGGUGACACGAAGAGGAAGCUGCAGUAUGUGGCGAAUUCAUUACGCGCAUUACAGAACAAUAAAGGCUAUUAAAUUCUGUUGCAGUUCGAGUAACUCUAACUUGUGUUGUUGCGCAUCUCACUUUUAAUGGAAUUGUUUUCGAUUUUGACGCUUGUAAUCACUUUUCCUGUGAAACUGCUGUAUAAAUUUGUUUGUAUCCUUUCUCAAUAUCUUGAUAUCCGUCAAUGUUGUUGUUAUGUGAUAGCUGUUAGAUUUUUGUCUGUCGCACGCCCUCAAAAUUUUUAAACUGUCCGUGAUUCCAAAAUAAAAACAUUUGGAGAGUACA